CGCAUCGCAGACGGUUCAAGCUUCCACUCGGCCGGGUUCCCGGGAGACUAUGGCGUCCUCCUCGGUCCCGCCGGCCGCUGUACCGGCGGCGACAGCGGCCCCCGGCGCGGGUUUCGGCUUCGCCUCCAAAACCAAGAAGAAGCAUUUCGUGCAGCAGAAGGUGAAGGUGUUCCGGGCGGCCGAUCCGCUGGUGGGCGUGUUCCUGUGGGGCGUAGCCCACUCGAUCAAUGAGCUCAGCCAGGUGCCUCCCCCGGUGAUGCUGCUGCCAGAUGACUUUAAGGCUAGCUCCAAGAUCAAGGUCAACAAUCACCUUUUCCACAGGGAAAAUCUGCCCAGUCAUUUCAAGUUCAAGGAAUAUUGUCCCCAAGUCUUCAGGAACCUGCGUGAUCGAUUUGGUAUUGAUGACCAGGAUUACUUGGUAUCUCUUACCCGAAGUCCCCCAACUGAAAGUGAAGGCAGUGAUGGUCGCUUCCUUAUCUCCUAUGAUCGGACUCUGGUCAUCAAAGAAGUAUCCAGUGAGGACAUUGCUGACAUGCAUAGCAACCUGUCCAACUACCACCAGUAUAUUGUGAAGUGUCAUGGCAACACAUUGCUGCCCCAGUUCCUGGGGAUGUACCGGGUUAGCGUGGACAAUGAAGACAGCUACAUGCUCGUGAUGCGCAACAUGUUUAGCCACCGUCUUCCUGUGCACAGGAAGUAUGACCUCAAGGGCUCCCUAGUGUCCCGGGAAGCCAGCGAUAAGGAGAAGGUUAAGGAACUGCCCACCCUUAAGGAUAUGGACUUUCUCAACAAGAACCAGAAAGUUUAUAUUGGUGAAGAGGAGAAGAAAAUCUUUCUAGAGAAGCUAAAGAGAGAUGUGGAGUUCCUAGUGCAGCUGAAGAUCAUGGACUACAGCCUCCUUCUGGGCAUCCACGACAUCACACGGGGCUCUGAGCCGGAGGAGGACGGGCCGGUGCGGGAGGAGGAGUCAGAGGGGGAUGGGGACUGUGGCCUUACUGGACCUCCUGCACCGGUGGGCUCCUAUGGCACUUCCCCUGAGGGUAUCGGCGGCUACGUCCAUUCCCACCGGCCCUUGGGCCCUGGAGAGUUUGAAUCCUUCAUCGAUGUCUACGCCAUCCGGAGUGCUGAGGGGGCCCCUCAGAAGGAGGUAUAUUUCAUGGGCCUCAUUGACAUCCUGACACAGUAUGAUGCCAAGAAGAAAGCAGCUCACGCAGCCAAAACUGUCAAGCAUGGGGCGGGGGCAGAGAUCUCUACUGUCCACCCUGAGCAGUAUGCUAAGCGAUUCCUGGAUUUUAUUACCAACAUCUUUGCCUAGGAAACUGCCUGACUUCAUGGUGACUGCUGCCCUAUGUUUCAGAGGAGGAGCUGGGGGAAGGGGGUUGUUGGCCAUCUUCAAGACCUGACUGGACAGAUGGACCUGGCUCAAGCAACUUACUCUGGAUGCACUUUGCUGUGUGGGAUGAGCUAAGAGUAUCUGAAUUUUGCUGAUAACUUUAUAGAACUCGUUGUGGCAUGCUUCCUUCCCAAUAGGCCCUGGGAUGGAAGAUUUUCAAGACACUACAGAUGUGGGUGCCAGCAUGCACACAUACACUGGGAUAUGGCCAGUCUUACCCAGGUGGGGUGGAGAGUGGUUGGUGGACUGGCAGCUUGUGGCGGUGGGACCUAUGAGGACUCCUGUGAUUAUUUAGGGAAUUGGAGGUCUGUGUUGAGGGUUGACUACUCUGAUCUCUUCCCUCACUCCACCUACCCCCACUAGAGAUGGCCAUAGUGUUGAAUCCUGGGUGAAGCUGUUUGACUGCUGCUGCUCUUCACCCGGACCUCACAUCCCUCCUAGGGCCAGAACCCUUCAGUGGGGGUGUGGUCAGUUCUGGAGGCUGGACAGAUGAGCCAAGGGUGUAAGGUUCACUCCCUGUGUUAAAUUUCCUUUCUUCAUGUCUAGCCAUCCCGGAGGUUUUAGUCCCAGCAGAAGGGAAUACCUCUACUUGGGUUAACCCUCAUCAUCUCUAGAGAAUGGAAGUCUCACAUGGGGAUGCCUCCUCCACUCCCCGGAAGUAUGCCCCUAGCAUACUUCCUCCCCUGCCCCUUCUCAAACCUUUUCCCAGUUGGAGUUGUUUUCUGUUCUUUUCUGUCCAUCUUAACUGCUACUGUGUCUCUCAGGGGACAGAUGGCCCUCUUUGUCAUCUUCACUCUCCACCCCCAGAGAGGAGUCAGAGCCAUAACUCAGUCACCCAGCCCCCUCCAAAGACAGUUGAGCUGAUGCAUGAUAUUCUCAGAAUGCAAUGGACCCUGAUGAACUGGGAUAGUUCCCUUCCCCGCAAUGCCUUUGGGCCUCAGGCAGCCAUUCAUCUUGUGAUUCUGCAUCUCCCCUGAGGCUUCUGCAUUUCUCGAACACAAAGAUGGGGCACCAGCAAGUGGCCUGUAGGGAUACAAAGACUCUCAGCUCUGUAUCUGCCUGGACUGAUCUGUCUCCUAAGAAGUCACGAGGUCAUAAAGGAGAAUUCUUCCUGCCCCUCCAUCUUCUCCAAAGGAAGUAACAAGAGGAGUCCCCGGUUGAGGAUUGGAGCCCCUAUAAAAUUUUCCUGUCAGGAGCCUCAUGGAUCUUUUUCAUUCCACCGUCUACCUUUCCCUUGUUGAAUGCAAUAAAACUCCAUGACACCAGCAACUUUGUUUAGAACUGGGUUUUCUGACCCAUUUCUGGCUGAUGUAUCAUAAGCAUUAUGGUUUUCAUUUGUUGCUUCUGUUUUUCAUCUUUUUUGUUUUAUUAAUAAAAAGAUCUCGUGUAUUUACUCCCAUUGCCGUCACUAUAAGGAAAAUAAAUUAUUGAAUUCAAA